CGCGCGGAAGAAGCACUGAAGAACAUCAAAGGUGUCGAUGAAGCGCUUGCCAAGACCAUCAUUAAUGAAAUUGUGGACAAUGGUGACGAGGUGUUUUGGGAUGACAUUGCUGGUCUUGAGGCUGCCAAGAACUCAUUGAAGGAGACUGUCGUCUAUCCUCUCCUACGACCAGAUCUCUUCUCUGGCUUGCGCGAACCCGUCACUGGUAUGCUUCUCUUUGGUCCACCGGGCACUGGAAAAACGAUGCUUGCUCGAGCUGUGGCAACCCAGGCCAAGGCGACCUUUUUCUCAAUUUCUGCCUCCUCGUUGACCUCAAAGUACCUGGGUGAAUCAGAGAAGCUUGUGCGUGCACUCUUUGUUCUCGCAAAAGAAUUGUCACCGAGCAUCAUUUUUGUGGAUGAGAUUGAUUCGCUUUUGUCGUCGCGCGGGGAUGGCGAACACGAGUCUUCUCGACGACUCAAGACGGAGUUCCUCAUUCAAUGGAGCAAUUUGGCCAAAGCCGCUGCUGGCAGUAAGAAUGCCAUGGAUGCACGGGUACUUGUGCUUGCUGCUACAAACUUGCCAUGGGCCAUUGAUGACGCUGCGCGACGGCGGUUCGUUCGCAGACAAUAUAUUCCCUUGCCAGAGGACACGACGCGUCGACAACACCUGGGCCACUUGAUUCGCCAUCAGAAGCACACCUUGACGACAGAUGAGCUGGAUGAAUUGACCCUCUUGACGGAAGGCUUCUCCGGGUCAGACCUGACUGCUCUGGCAAAAGAUGCGGCCAUGGGACCUUUGCGAAGUCUCGGCGAUGCGCUGUUGACGACUGACUUUGAAAAGAUUCGAGCGAUGGGGCUGGAAGACUUC